UCGAAUAAUAACAGUCGGAGCUUCAGAUCAACAUCUCAUAUGUUCUAAAAAGCGGCAACUGUAGUAAUGAUUUGUAGAUCAGACUCAUGUACUUCCUUGUUGUGCUCCGCCCCAUCGUGCUGCUCUGAGCCAAUCCGAGCGCUCCUUCUUACAACUCUACAACUCAGGGGAAACGGCUCAGUUUACGUCACUCCAUUCACCAUUGUGGAAUAAUGGAGAUCUCCGUGAAGAUGAAGGUGCUGUUGUUCCUGUUUGUUGUGUGCAUAAAGUCUGUCGAUAACUACAGAAAUGGAAAGGUAAAAGAAGCUUGUCAGGACAUGAUGCCCGACCAUCAUCGUCAUGGCCCCAGCCCUACAUCUCCACCAUACACCAUCACUGUGGAUAAGUCUAUAUUCAGUCCUGGUGAUCAAAUUAAAGUGACUGUAUCAGCAGUGUCUUCAGAGAACAAUGCGUACUUUGAAGGCUUUCUUAUACAAGCCCGAGAUGCUGCAAAUCUCGACGGUGGAUCUGUUGGAACUUUUACUCUCCUUAACUCCUCCAUCUCACAGCUUCUUUCAUGUCACCACAGAGAGGGCUCUGCUGUGAGUCACACCAGUGAUCACCAUAAGACAGAAGUUCAGGUGAUCUGGAUGGCACCACAGAAUCCCCCGCCUGGUGUGCAGUUUCUAGUAACUGUGGUUCAGAAAUUUGAGUUGUUCUGGGUGAAGAUUCCAGGUCCUGUAUUGUCUCUAAAUGGUGCAUCUCCUUCAACACCAUUAUCUCCUCAGACAACCACAGCUUCCACACCUCUGCCCCGCCCGUUCACUUCAGAACACUGUGGAAGUACCAAGACUUGCCUGAGAGACCCAGAAGGCUGCAAUCCUGAGAACGAUACACUCUGUUACUUCCUGUCCUUCAGAAAAGUCGGGCAGGGUGUACAGUUUGAGCUCAGUGGACCGGCUUCGGGUUACAUCUCCUUUGCCUUGUCAACAGAUAAAUGGAUGGGGAAUGAUGAUGUCUACUUGUGCGUCAGUGACGCACACAGCGUCAACAUCACUGCUGCUUAUGUUGAGGGAAGGACACAUCCAGUGACUGCUUCAGAGAAUGUUUUGAGAGAGACUGCAUGGCGGCUGGCUGAUGGGGUCAUUCAGUGCAGCUUUCACAGAAACAUACACAUCCCCACCCCUAAUCAAGACAGAUUUAACCUGGAUCAGAUGUACUACCUCUUCAUGGCUCAUGGUCGGGCAGAGAAUGGGAGAAUCCAUAGACAUGACCGACAGCCCCUUAUUUCAGCAAACCAAGUAGUUAUUACUGGGCCACCAAAGGAUCUGACUGGCUCUCGUGCUCCCUUACUCAUCAAAUUCCAUGCUGCGUUCAUGCUCAUUGGCUGGAUGAUGACUGUCAGCACUGGAGUAAUUAUAGCCAGAUACUUCAAACCUGACUGGCCUGAAACAACUGUUUGUGGACAGAGAGUCUGGUUUCAGCUUCACAGAGGUCUCAUGUUGCUCACAGUCCUUCUGACAUUCAUUGGCUUCAUAUUGCCUUUUGUAUACAGGAGCGGCUGGAGCAAGCGUGCAGGCUCACACCCUUACUUUGGCUGUACUGUCAUGACUCUGGCUGUUAUCCAACCCAUCAUGGCUCUGUUUAGACCUGCUCCAGACUCCUCCAGGAGAUAUAUUUUUAACUGGGUCCAUUUGGGCACAGGCACUAUAGCCCAGGUGCUAGCUGUUGUGGCCAUCUUCCUGGGCAUCCAUCAGCAGGCUCUGCUGCUCCCUGCCUCCUGGACCACAGGACUCCUGGCUGGCUGUGUGGUCUGGUUUGUGUUGGCAGACUUGGCACUAGAGAUGCACAGGAGGGGUAUUUAUCCUAUAGGACAUUUUUUCAGAAACUUUCAAGUCUACACAGAAAACCUCCAAACAGAAGACAAAGAGGGGAUUCUGUUUGUUCAGUCCGAGAAUGAGAGCAAGGGAUCUUCUUUUAAAACAAUUGUUUUGGCAGUCUACCUGUGUGGAAACCUUGUAUUUCUGGCUCUUCUUCUGGCCACCAUCAGUGAGAUAUGAUGUUGAAGGAUAACAAACCAUGUGCCUUACUAAUGGCUGCUUUUGUACUCGGCUACUGUUUGAGAAGCUGAAGAUGCCUUAUUGAAGGUUGUUCUUACUAUGAUGCACACUGGAUAACUUGAUCAACUCUUUUAAAGCAACAUUCCAGCAGAUAGUUUUAAGAAGUCCAUUUUCCAGAAAAACUGGAUGUUUAUGUGCCAAAGAAAUGACACAGGAGUUUGAACUGAUAUUGCCAUGAGGCAAAGAUACAGAAUGUCACAUUAUUUGUUUAGUUUUUGUGCUUGAAUCUUUGUAUUCAAAAUGUCAAUGAUUUUGCUUGAAUGAUUUCUGAUGGAUCUGUAUGCAGAACAUUAAAGCAGAAGUGUGUAGAUGAGUUUGCUGAAUGAACACAGAGAGAAGUUCAGCACUUGCCCUUCUUAUUAUGAUUUUAUGAAAUCUCAAGUUUUAAAUAGGUUUUUGUGGUAUUUGACAACCAUUACAUUUGGACUAGACUACAUUUUACUAUGUACUAUGUUUCUUAUUCUACUUUACCAAGACAAAUCAUUUGUUUGUUUAAAGUAAAUGGCAGAAUAAUCCAGAUUAUAAUUCUGAUUUGACAUAUGAGUGCAUCAAAUCAAAGCAUGUAAUGUUCAAUAUUACUGUGAUAUAUCAGAAAUGAAAACUGUGUUACUUAUAACUCAUGCAUAAUAUAUAUCUUAAGUCACAGGUUCUCAAUUUUGAUAUGUAUUUGGGGUCAGAGAAGAUUGUAAUGAAGUUCUAUGCAUAUAAAAUUAUCUAUGGAAUAUUUAAUAAAAACAAUGGAAGCUAUCAGAUUAUUAUUACAUUUUCAUUAGCCUUCAUUUAUUUUUUAGUUCCUAUUAAUUGUCUUGUCCAACAUGGUAUUAUGUUAAAGUAGCCUUUUGCACAGGCAGUGUGCAGGGCAGCUAUUUAAAAUAAAAAAGAAGCAUAUUAUCGUGUUGCAUGGUCAUGGUUUCUAGGUAGAAACACUACAAAAUCCAAUAUUCAUGCUAUUUUUUGCAGGGUAUGCCCAAAAUCUAAACAGCACAUGGGUGAUACUUCAGUCUAUAGCCUACUGCAGCUUUGUGUGCUCUGGCAUGGGUCAAAAUUCAAACUUUCAGGGACAAAAUUCAAACUGAUUCAGAACGUAGAAUCGAAAAUCCACUGGAUGAACAAACUGUGAUCAUGUAUAGAAGCCACAAAAAGGUUGAGAGUAUCUGCCUUAAGUUUAUAUGAAAGAUAAAGUGGAAAUUAAACAUUUUUACACUGUGA